AUGACCUGGUCCCGUCUGUUGCUGCUCAGCACGCUGGGCUCGCCCCUGGCUUCGGCCCUUCCUGGCCAGCUCUUUGCUCGCACCGACAGUGCCACCGACAGUGCCGAGACAGCUACAGUCACUGCUCCACCUGUGGUGACUUAUUCGACCUCUCAGGCGCAUACCCCGUACACCGGGACUCCCACCACUACUGGAGCCUUGACUGCAAGCUCCAUUGGCCCUGGCGUCACCCCUCUGCCCCCUGCGCCGGGAGCGUUCGACUACCCCAGUGAUGGACAGCUUCAUGACCCUCAGCCGGGCCCAUACAUCCCCGCAGGUGGUGUUGGGACCAACGGCACUGAGCCCGUCUACAACGCGAAGAGUGACUUUGACUACGAGUCGUUGGCUCUCGCGCUUUACCAAGAGUACAUUGAGCUCGAUCUGUUCCAUGACGGACUGGCUCGCUUCUCAGAAGCGGACUUCACUGCUGCUGGACUGAAUGCCGAGGACCGUCAUCUGAUUGAGUUCAUGGCCGACCAGGAAGUCGGACAUGCUACUAUGUUGACCAACAUCUUGGGCGCUGCCGCCCCCAAGCAGUGCAACUAUGUCUACCCCUACACCACUGUUCACGAGUUCAUCGACUUCUGCCAGAAGCUCACUCGCUUCGGUGAGUCUGGGGUCUACGGCUUCCUGGCUCACCUCGACUCGCGCGAGGCCGCCACGCUCCUUACGCAGUCCAUCACCACGGAGGCCAGACAGCAGCUUAUCUUCCGUCAGUUCGAGGGUCUUUUCCCCAUGCCGGUGUGGUUCGAGGUCGGUGUUCCUCAGUCCUGGGCAUGGACCCUUCUGGCACCCUAUAUUGCCGACUGUCCCGCCAACCAAACCCGGCUGGCGUGGCAGAACUUCCCCGCUCUGAGCAUUGUCAACCAGCCCAACCCCUUCCGCAUCCAGGGGUCGGAGGCUGUGGGCGAGACCAUUACCAACGGCACCAACGUGUCCAACAGCACUGUGGUCCCGGAGUCGGAGGCCUGCUGGAACUCUACCGAGGUCGGCAUCGACUGCUCGCCCGCCAUCACCCACAACCGCACCAACCCCCUUUCCUUCCCUGGCCGUCAGGUUUACCUCACCUGGGAGACACCCGGCAAGGUCGUGGGCCCGAACAACAGCUAUGUCACCUCGACCUCCGCCGGCGCGCCCAAGUUCGUUGCCUGGGCCACGCAGCUGAACGUGACCUACUCUGCUCUGACCCUCAAUGGAUCGAACUCGGGCACGACCAUCCAGCCUGAUGUGUCAACCUACGCUGGUGACCCGGCCGCCAACGGUACCAUCUUCCUUGCCAUCACGGACUCGGACCUCUACGUGACUCCGUUCAACAUCACCAUGCUGAACCCUCACGUGGUCGCUGGUCCUGCUCUGUACCAGUCCGGUUAA